AAAAAAAUUAGUAAACCACGGUCAGUGUGUUUCGCCCUGGGGCAGAGUUCUUAGCCAGCCCCUAGCUCUUCACCUAGAUGGCCACCUCCCACAGAGAGGGGAAGCCUUGGGGGUUCAGUGGCUUCUGGUUUACCUCCAGCCCACAUAAACACCAUAUACCCCCUGGGCAGGUAUGUAAGAAGCCCCCAGUGACAAUGGGGGACCCCCCCCAGAGCCUGCCCGCUCCACCCACUCACAUCCCCUCAAGGUAGAAAAGCAGCCAGAGAGGCCUGAGCUUCAGGGACUGAAGAAGCGGGAGCCAGGCAGCAUUUCCCUCAAUCUGCUCCUCUGCCCAGCCAUGGGGACUUUCAAUCUGUGGACAGAUUACCUGGGCCUAGCAAGCCUGGUUGGGGCUCUGCAUGAGGAAGAAGAGCCUGAUGUCAGGCUGGAGCCCAAGCCAGAGCCCAAGCCAAGCCCAGAAAGCCAGAAGGCCAGCAAGGGAUCCUCAGCAGCUCCUGAACGCCUGUGCUCCUUCUGCAAGCACAAUGGCGAGUCCCGUGCCAUCUACCAAUCCCACGUCCUGAAGGAUGAGGCCGGCCGGGUGCUGUGUCCCAUUUUGAGGGAUUAUGUGUGUCCCCAGUGUGGGGCCACUCAGGAGCAUGCCCACACUCGACGCUUCUGCCCACUCACCGGCCAGGGCUACACUUCUGUCUACUGCUACACCACCCGGAAUUCUGCAGGCAAAAAGCUGACCCGGCCUGACAAGGCAAAGUCACAGGAUGCUGGCCACCGCCCUGGAGGAGAAACAGCAGCAGGUGUCUAUGCAGGUUCCAAAAGUGGCAGGAAGCCCUCUGGACCUUCACCCUCGGCCUGAAGUCCCUCCACUACGGCCUAGGAGCUUGGAGUGGGGAGGGCGAUGGGGUACUCUUGCCAAGGCGUGCUGGAGACUGGACCUUGCUUAAAGGCACUGAGGCUGGCUAGUCUUGUUGGAGAUCGCCAGCCUCCCCCCCGCCCCCCAGUUCUGCUUGCGCUGUUGCAACAGCACCCAAUAAAUGGUGAAGAGUGGA